AUGGCCACUACACCCUUUGUGCGGGUCACGGCGCUCGCACGCAUGCCUCUGGCCGCCGCCGUCCGUCAUCAGCACUCUCAAGCCCGCCUCUUCACCAGCUCGUCGCGCGCCCUGCUGCCCUCGAGCUUCGCAAGCCCGCUGCCGUCGUACUUUCAGAAGCCGCGGCUGCCUGCCAACACGAUUGUGCGCUUCGUGCCCCAGCAGACUGCGUGGAUCGUCGAGCGCAUGGGCAAGUUCAAUAGGAUCCUCGAGCCCGGCCUCGCCAUUCUCGCGCCAUUUAUCGAUCGAAUCGCGUACGUCAAGAGCUUGAAGGAGGUGGCUAUUGAGAUUCCCAGCCAGAGCGCCAUUACUGCGGACAAUGUGACGCUCGAGCUUGACGGCGUGCUUUACACGCGGGUGUUUGAUGCGUACAAGGCGAGCUACGGCGUCGAGGACGCCGAGUACGCCAUUUCCCAGCUCGCCCAAACGACGAUGCGCUCCGAAAUCGGCCAGCUCACCCUCGACCACGUUCUCAAGGAGCGUGCCGCUCUUAACACAAACAUCACCGCCGCCAUAAACGACGCUGCCGAGGCCUGGGGCGUUACCUGCCUGCGCUAUGAGAUUCGCGACAUCCACGCCCCCGCCGCCGUCGUCGAGGCCAUGCAUCGCCAGGUCACGGCCGAACGCUCCAAGCGAGCCGAGAUUCUCGACUCCGAGGGGCAACGGCAGAGCGCCAUCAACAUUGCCGAGGGUCGGAAGCAGAGCGUGAUCCUCGCCUCCGAGGCCCUGCGCGCCGAGCGCAUCAACAUGGCCGACGGUGAGGCCGAGGCCAUCCUGCUCAAGUCGCGCGCCACCGCCCAGGGCAUCGACGCCGUGGCCCACAGCAUUUCCGAGGGCGCAGAGGGCGCAAAGGGGGCCGUCAGCCUGACUGUCGCGGAAAAGUAUGUCGACGCUUUCGGCCGCCUGGCCAAGGAGGGCACCGCCGUCGUCGUGCCGGGCAACGUCGGCGACAUUGGCGGCAUGAUUGCCACGGCCCUCAGCGUCUACGGCAAGGUAGGCGAAGCCCAGGCCAUGUCCAUGAGCAGGAAGGCGCUUGAGCAGCCCGCCUCGGGACAAGAGGACGUGCUCGACGCUGCGGCGAGCAAGAGGAAGCAGAUGAAGGAGACGGUGCUCGACGGCUUCAACCAAACUGCGGCUAAGAAAUGA